UCAGAUGCGAGAAAACAGUAGCGCCAGAAGAAGCUGUACGGUUACCUUGUGUUACCUGUGUCAGUUACUACUGCCUUGUCAUGCCUGGUGGUCUCAGUCUAUUCACCCGCACCGCCGCAGAUCACGCUGCUUUAUAGUAAUUCGUUUUAUGGUUCAGUGCAACGUUUGCUGAAUGACUCGAAGGUUCAUGAGAAAGAGAGGAUUACGGAUAGACUGAAGUUUUAUUAAAGAUACGCUCCUUGAAUUACUCAUAUUAAAGGAAAAAUAUAUUAAACAGAGGUCAGUAAGUGCUUUUUUGAAAGCAUUUCUGUGUAUUACGAAUGUGAAGUCAAAAAAAUAAAAUUAUCGCAAUAUAGUGUUUCCAAGACACUACUGGAAGAACAGGCAGGACUUUACAUAACUUUAUCAAGCUGAAGUGCGGGUGCGUUGGCGACUCUCGAUCCAAGAUGGUUCUGGACACAAAGUUUAGAAUGCGUUCUCCCGACCGUGAGAGUCAGAACGGACAGGCCAGGCUGGCCGUCAUCGGCAGUAAGGCAGUCGGAAAAACAGCUCUCACUGUGCGAUACUUGACCAAGAGAUUCAUCGGAGAAUAUCAGUCUGACACAGAUAUGAUGUACAAAGCAACGAUGGCGGUGGACGGAUCCAAGAUCAUGCUGGAGAUACUUGACCUGUCGUCAAAUCUGGACGAGGUGGUCGUGCCUCGCGAGACGGUAACGUGGGCGGAGGCGUGGCUGGUGGUGUACUCGAUCACGUCGUGGGAAACGUUCCGAGUGGCUGUGCGAUCAGCCCAAUCCACCGGUGCUCAUCAUGGCCAACAAGAAGGACCUGGAACACAUCAGACAGGUUCCAGAGAGCGAAGGCAGGAAGCUGGCAGAGCAAUAUGGCUGUCGUUUCGUCGAAGUUUCAGCGGCUGAGAUGGUUUCUCAG